AUGGGACAAGCGAUCACUACAGGACCGGGACCAGGACUUCCAGCACCAUUUAGAGCCGCUGCCACAUACUUCCGAUUUGAGUUCCAAUUGGUCCCACGGCUGUGUUCCCUACAAACUGACAUUGGAAUUGGCCCAGCAAAGUUCCCACCAUCUUCCAACAGAGCUGUAUACGUUCCAGUGCCAAGAGUCCAGAACCGGAUGGGCGUAUCCAUCACUUGCCAAAUGGUAAUGGACCAAGCACAUCACAAGGAAAUCAUCGAAGCAAUGGCAGCACUAGGAGAAGAGUUCUUGAUGAGAGCUGCAACCAGAGCCUGA